AAUGUAAUGCAAAAAAAAGUUAAAACAUUCGAAAUCAUCUUAAUGAGAAGGAUGACCUGGUGUGCUGUUAACAAUUUAGUAAUUCUCAGCUCCAUUUUCGUCAGCCGGUAAUCUUAAAUCACCGCGAUUGACUAUUUCAAAUUGGUUUCUAUUUUUUUGCUAAUAACUUUCGAAUUACAGCCUACAUUGGCGGUCAGCGCCCCCCUGAAUCGCUGUAGCACCCACCAGGGGGCGGUGGCGCCCACUUUGGGAAUCACUGCCUUAGAUCGUGCCACAAUCAUUGUGGGAUUCCAAAUGCCCAGAUUUCCCAUACGUUCAGACAGCACUGCUGAAGAACAACUAUCCUCGAAGGCACAGGAUGCUUCCGCCGAUCGAGCCGAGGAGUCCCGAACCUAACCGAGAAGAUCGGAAGUAUAAACUGGAAGUAGUAGUCACGACUGUGGUGAGGGAAAGCAUGCGCGUUGGGGUGGGGAUCGGAGUGUCGCGCCGAAGCCAAAGCGAAACGAAGCAGAGUCACAGCCGGCCGCGCGAGACGGUAAGAAGCGAGCGUUCCGUUUCGUACGCGUUCCGUUUUUCCACCUUUUUAUCCGUCGGUGCCUUUUGUUUUCGGUAUGUAUCGGAACGACGCGUUUCGCGUAUUGUUCGUCGACGCGCUAGUGAUACUCUGACGUUUCCCUUCGUUCGCAGUUCGUAUCGCCGCGAGUGUUUUGUCUGUGUGCACGUUGUGUGUUGUCCAGUGUGUUCUCAGCACGUGGAUUACCGCCGGUGGGAGCGACGCUUGCAGCCAACGAACCUGUCAACUCUAGCAGACGGCUAGGAAAGUGCAUUGCCAUGGAAAUCGGAAAACACGAGAUGCAAUCUCUGCCGAGACGUCUUUCCCUGGCCCGCGCGUGAACGGAAACCGCGUUUUCUCGUCGCCACGUUGAAUCUUUGAUAGAGCGACGACGAAAGAGGAUCCCGUUCGCGAAGAUGAAACAUUCGGCGAAACCCGUCGACACGAGACGAUCGGCGUUCUGAAUGGCCGAAGGGUGCAGACGUGAACUCUGAGAAGGCCGCGUCGAUCGAAAGUCGCGACCACCUGGCGGAGAUGUCCAGAAAGAAGUCCUUUAUCGGUAUACGGGAAAAAGGAAAAAGGAUCGCUGAGUAGUCUGUGGUUGGGCUACUAUGACGGACUAUUUGGAUCCGCAUUUCGUCAGGGCUCUCUGCCGCGAUCCUGAACGACGGACGCUUCAAGAUCUGCAGAUCAUAUAUUAUGGUCUGCUAGGUCUAGAAGCAUUACGUCCGUGCAGAGAUUCUAUUCUUCGUGGGCUUUGCAAGAUCGUACGAUACGAAAGGCACCAUGCGAACCACGUUCUUUAUUAUACCGGUGAAUUGGCCACGAGCUGGUACAUACUGCUCUCCGGUUCUGUGUUCAUCGAUGGUUCCAUGUUCCUGCCCUGUUCCAGCUUUGGAAAGCGGACGGGUGGCAGUGCCAGGAGACCCAACGAAUGCUUCGUUCUCGAGCCCUCCGAGAUGAUCGCCAUCGACUACCCGGAAGUGCACGGAGGAAGGAUGCAUCGGCCACCGCACCCUCAUCCCAUAACCGACCAUCGACAGGUCAACUUGGUCUUUGAUGACACGUUUUCCCAAGGCCUGACUGGCAGGCCAGAGCUGUACCAAAAGUCCAACAGAAGCAGCCAUUCGAGUGAUACAAGUUCUGCAUACAGUGGUUCUGACACAAUGACAUCUGUGCAAAGUUCCUUGGAUGCAGAUGCGGAUGAGGUUGAUCUUUCAGGUCUUGUUGAAUCCAUAGUGGACAGCGAUGAAGAGGAAGAUCUUGCAGAGAGCAUGGAUAGCUUGACUGUCCGUGAUCAAGUCAGAGAAUGUUUAGAGAAAGACCCUAUGGAAAGGACAGAGGAUGACAUAGAAACAUUGUUAGAAUUCACGCAACAAUUGAAGGCCUUUACAAACAUGACUCUGGCUGUAAGAAGAGCGCUGUGCGCUGUGAUGGUGUUUGCGGUGGUCGAACGUGCCGGUAUGAUAGUUUUAAAUGACGGCGAAGAAUUGGACAGUUGGAGCGUGCUUAUCAAUGGUGCUGUAGAAAUCGAACAUAGUAAUGGCGAAAUUGAACAACUACAACUUGGCGAUAGUUUUGGAAUCUUGCCCACUAUGGAAAGACUUCUGCAUAGAGGUAUCAUGAGGACAAAAUGCGAUGAUUGCCAAUUUGUAUGCGUCACGCAAGCAGACUAUUUUAGAAUUCAACAUCAAGGGGAAGAAAAUACUAGGAGGCACGAAGAAAACGGAAGAGUGAUUCUAGUAACAGAAUUAAGAGGUGCUUUAGACGGAGGAGCACGCAGGGGUCAUGUCGUUAUUCGUGGAACUCCUGAACGUUUAAUGUUACAACUUAUAGAAGAAAACAGUAUUACCGAUCCUACGUAUAUAGAAGAUUUCUUAUUAACCCAUCGAACAUUUAUCGAAAGUCCUUUAUUAGUUGCGAGUCAAUUGUUAGAGUGGUUUGAUCAAGCACAAGUCAGAGAUAGAGUUGCCCGAGUAGUACUCCUCUGGGUAAAUAAUCAUUUUACGGAUUUUGAAACCGAUCCAUCGAUGAUGGAAUUUUUGGAAGCAUUUGAAACUGGAUUGGAAAGAGAAAAAAUGCAAGGUCAACAAAGAUUAUUAAACAUUGCGUGCGCGGCAAAGGCGAGAACGCGGAAUGUAACGUUAGCGAGGCCCAGUAGGGACGAGGUCUUGCAUUUUAGUAUAUUAGGUGGUUACGAAAGGGGUUUCGGCAUCUUCAUUUCGAAAGUCGAUAAAAAGUCGAAGGCUGAAGAUGUUGGGUUAAAACGGGGCGAUCAAAUUUUAGAAGUAAACGGACAAAGUUUUGAGCAUGUGAAUCACGUCAGGGCACUCGAAAUCUUAAGAGGAUCCACACAUCUCAGUAUAACGGUUAAAUCAAACUUACUUGCGUUUAAAGAAAUGCUUCAGAUGCCAGACGAUUCACCAAGGCCACGGGGAAGAGCAAAUAAACCUGAAAUAUCACGAAUUCAAACAGAUCCACGUGCGAGGUUGUCCACGCACGUGGAUCCGAUUACCCCUGUCAAUCCGCUAAACCCACUUGUAGGUGGUGUUCCAUUGUUAAUUCCCGAUUCCAAUGUGUCCCCGUGUAAAGAUGCUAAGAAAGACCAUAAGGGAUUCAUGACGCUUGGACCGAAAAGGAGAUUACAGAAAGCCCUCAUGAAGAUGAACAUACUGCCAAAGAAUACUAUUAACGAUGGUGUACACGUAGACGAUCCUCUUGCGCCUCCUCAUACACCCCCAGGAACAGGACUUUCUCAGACCACCACCAACCUUUAUCACUCCAAAAGUAACCCCGACCUUACGUUAUAUUGUUACGAUGACGUGCGGGCGCCUGAUUAUCCCGAACACGUUUUGAAAGUUUACAAAGCUGAUCAAACUUGUAAAUACCUUCUUAUUCAUAAAGAAACAACAGCACAUGAGGUGGUAAUGCUUGCUCUUCAGGAGUUCAGUAUAACGGAGAGUAGCUCGAACUUCUCGUUAGCUGAACUUAGCGUUGGGGAAGGAGGUAUGAUUAAGCAACGAAGGUUACCCGAUCAGAUGCAGAACCUCGCAGAAAGAAUCGGAUUAAGUUCGCGAUAUUAUUUAAAAACUAACAGUAUCUCGGAGACGCUCGUGGCCGACGAGCAAGCGCCUGAACUUAUUCGCGAAUCUCAGGUUCACUUCUUGCAACUGAACGCUGUCGAAGUUGCUAUUCAGCUAACCUUACAAGAUUUCAGUAUAUUCAGGCAAAUUGAAUCCACGGAGUACGUGGAUGAUUUAUUCGAAUUAAAAAGUAGAUACGGAGUGCCUAUGCUCAGGCAGUUCGCAGAACUAGUCAACAGAGAAAUGUUUUGGGUCGUAACGGAAGUUUGUUCUGAACACAACAUCGUUCGACGUAGUAAAAUAAUAAAACAAUUCAUAAAAAUAGCUCGCCAAUGUAAGGAGUGUAAGAACUUCAACUCCAUGUUUGCGAUCGUAUCUGGUUUGGGACACGGAGCCGUAUCAAGAUUGCGAGGCUCAUGGGAAAAAUUGCCAAGCAAAUAUCAGAGGCUUUUCAGCGAUUUGCAGGAAUUAAUGGAUCCCAGCCGUAAUAUGAGCAAAUACCGACAACUGGUGGCGUCUGAACAGACACAACCUCCCAUAAUUCCAUUUUACCCCGUAGUAAAAAAAGAUCUGACGUUUAUACAUCUCGGCAACGAUUCCAGAGUAGAAGGCUUGGUUAACUUCGAAAAGCUGAGAAUGAUCGCGAAAGAAGUGAGAACGUUAACGAACAUGUGUUCUUCGCCUUACGACUUGUCGAUAAUGUUGGAAAGAGGCGGGCAGCCACCUAGUUCCGCUAUGGUCGCGUUGAAUCAAAUGACCACUGGCAAUCAAGUAUUACAUUGUCCAGGAGGACAAACUGCGACCGUAAAAAGACGGAAAAAGUCGACCGCAGCGCCAAACCCAAAGAAGAUGUUCGAGGAAGCGCAGAUGGUCAGAAGAGUGAAAGCGUAUCUGACGAAUAUGAAAGUGAUAACAGACGAGGAACGAUUACACGCUCUUUCCGUGGAAUGUGAACCCCAUGCAGGAGCUGUCGCAAUUGCUGCGGCUGUACCACUAAGCGCAAGUAGAGGAAGAAGGCAUCCUUCUCCUACUCUGUCAACUACAAGUAGCGCUAGCAGUACCAGUGAAGGUAGAAAGAGUAUACAAGGUACAAAGUUUGGAGCAGCAUCGCCACAGGCAGUGAGAAAAAUGUUGGCGCUCUCCGAUCCUCACAAAACACGUCCGUAUCAACCUAAACACUGUCCACCACCACUUCCAGUGCCAGGGUUAGCCUUGCAUUCCAGCGGUCUGGAGCCUAGUCCUGGUGCACCUAGGAGAUUAGGAUCUGGUAGCAGAGUUCCUAUGCAUGAGCGAUCCCAUAGCGAUACUCCUUCCAGUUUACCACCACCUGUCGAUCUCAGCGCUGAAAGUAGUAGCGUGACCAGCCUGAGCAAUCUUCAACCGUUGAGAAAAACGUUGACCAGCGGUUCGGUGACGAGCAGUGACAGUGGUCACAGUACACAGCUGGACAGCCACAGCGGAAGCAGCGUGGAAGCCGGUGGCAGUCCGCCGCCACCUCAAAGACGGCACUCCGCCAUGCAAGGGUCUGUUAUGAGAGGUGGCGCACCUCCGUUCCCUCACGCGGUAGCAGUGUUACCUCCGCUUCCUGCCAACCACAACCAGAAUCACAACCACAAUCAUCAUCAUCACCACCACCACCACCACCACCAACAUUAUUACGAUCAUCACCAUCACCAACCCCAAAAUCCUCAAGGUUCUACGGGAUUAGGAGUAGGCGUGGGUCUCGGAGCACCGCCGGGACUUCCUCCCCAAGGAGCUGGCGCGACGAUAAUGACGACGAUGACGACCGUGACUACCAUGACGUCGAUGACGACGAUGCGUCCAGGAAUCGGUAGCGCGCAGUGCCGUCAGCCUCCUGCGUACAAGGUCGCUGCACAGAUGGCGAGGUUGCACAGGCUCGGCCGUGCUCACAGCCACGAGGGUGUUACCUACAGGACCGAGCACGAAGAUGACGAUGAGGACGCCCAAGUGUCGGCGGUUUAAACGAUCCACCACGCUGGGAGCGCCGAUCCUUGCUUAGGGGGCAAUCCUUCGUCUCGUCAACUACCUCUUUCGGCGAAAGGAAUAGGACACCCUCGUCGUCGCGUCACGUGACGAGUUGGAGCCAUUCCUCGGGAAAGAGGAAUCGCCAGGAUUCACGAAACUCGCAUCCCUCGUCUCGAGAUAGAUUUUGAGAAGGGAAGGGUUACACAGGGACGAACAAUUGACACGCACAGUGCUUUCGACGGUAGCUUGUCGAGAGAUCGGGUCACCUAAUUCUAGGAAUUACGGGGAAACGCGCUUCCAGGACUGCAACCAAACGAAACAGACACCUCGAGAAUCUCGGAAGAGCGUCAGGAUACGAGAAUAGCACGAGUAUCGAGGAUGUUGAGAUUCGGAGAGGCCGAGAAACGAAAAGACAAAGCAACUUUUCCAAUCAGACUGAGAGGGGAGACGAGCUCCUCCGAGUUUCGAUAUCGCAGGGACUAGAGCGCAAGAACGGUCAUAAGUAAUAUUCUAUAUAAAUGUGUAAUAAAUCGAGUCCAAAGAUGUUAUAUAUACCGCGUAUCGCCGCAGGGAGUACGAAUGACGGCGUGUCCUGUAUUAUAUACUUUUUAGGCUAAUAUCCUCCCCAACGCUCCCCAUUCGUAGCAUAAGUAUAUAAGUUGGUGUACAUAGCGUAGCGUUAAUCGUAGUCUUUAACCGAGAGCCGAGGAAGAAUGUGACGCGAAAGAGGAAACUCACAGUGCAAAUCGAAUUUAAGCGCCAGAGGAUUCGAAGUGGUUCAGCCUAACGACACUGAUUGCAGGUUUAACGUCGAUCGUUCUGUUUUAUUUUUAUUUUUAUUUUCUUUUUUUAAUUUGUACACCUGCCAGGGUUGCAAACAAAUAAUUCCAAUCGUCGUGCUCCGAGCUAUUUUGCUGCUAAUUUUUCGCGGUGAAAAUUGUACGACCUGGCAGGGUUCGAACCAUUUUUUAUUUCGAUCCGUCGUUCGAUCGUCAGCGGCGCGUGACGCGUGACGCAGAGAUACGGAAAUCUCGCAUCGAAACGGCGAUGCGAUUUUACGGUUUAUGCGGUUCGAUGUGUGCUGAUUUUACUGUUGACGCGAUCAAGUACAAAGUAUUUUUCAAAGACCAACGCCGUUGCAAGAGGGUACGACCGAAAGUACUGCUCCUUGGCUUUUGGUGUACCGUCUAACCCUGUAUUGCAUUGAAUUGUAGAAUAUCUUUAGAAAGAGAUAUCCUUGAACGUUUAACAUCUCUGAUAUCGUAGAUGGAGCAUGUGCGUGGUAAAACGCUUUCUAAAAGAAGGAAGACUAUAGAAAGACAGAAAAGACCAGGGAUCUCAUUUAAAUUAUUGAAUUAUAGAUCUGCAGCUCCAGCUACUUGCUAAUCCUCUAUGCCAGAAGAGUUUAUAUAAUAGGUUCUGAAUGAACGUUGAUGAUGAAAUGUAAACUAUAAUUUGUAUCGAACUUAGCUUUCCAGGUGAAGAAUGAUACGUGCAAUUAUUUAUAUCUCUAUAAUUAUUGUGAUCUUACGCUUAAUGUUUUAUACGUUACAAUGAGAACCUGUUUGCUAAACACAUUAAUUCAGAGGGGAGUCCUUCCCCGUAUUAGUAAAGAGAUGAAAUCAGUCUUUGACAAUAUUUAUGUGUAACUUUAAAUCCAAACUCUAUAGAGGGUUAAUUAAUUCAGCGAUGUGUAAACAAUCGACAAGUAGUGCAGUAGGGGGUUAAGACGAUACGAGUCGGAGUGGCGCUCUUAGGCGAGUCUGAAUAGAAAGUGACAAAUAUCGAUGAGAAAAAAAUUCCAAUGGCGAACCGCGGCGCGCGAGUCUUCGUGAAAAACGAAUAAACACAACAAGGUAUUAGCGUUUCAGGAUACGAGAUCGAAGUAAAAUAUCUAUAUGCAUCGCGUAUGCUCAACUUAUUUUUACUGACUAUACUACGGAAACGAAUUUUAGAUCUGGUGUAACUUAUAUCUCGACACUCUCGAUUUCGCCCUGUUCGCGAACGAGGUGAUGGAACCUUUGAAUGCUAUUCGUCGAACUCAUAUUUUCCGAAAUUUUAUCAGUAUCAUGGUACGUUUUAGUUUUAUAUAAAUAUAUAGAAAUAUAUAAAUAUAAAUAUAUCUGUAUGUAUAAUCCGCGCCCGUGCGAGCGUGCGAGGAGACCUGGAUGAUAUCCGCCUCUUUGGAGAAAGGAGAGAGGCGAGGUGUCGACAAGGCGGAGGCGCGCGGCUGGUUUUAUUAUCGAUAUCAAGUAAAUAGGUUUUUUCUUCGCCCAUUCGACUUAUCGUAUUGUAACAGCGCUGUAAACAGUCAUAAUUCUCGUCCAUUUGUGCAAGAAGCCUCGAGUCCUUUAUCGACGAGUACUUAACGCUUUAUCUACCAGACUAUUAAGAUACGAAUACCGUGGAUUGUUCGUCGAAUUCUCUGUCAUUUUCGAAGAAGACCUAGAAGAAGUACUUCCGGGAUGUAUAUUAAUCUGGGCUUGCAUCAAUUUAUGCAAAGCCUCGUCCGUUUCCUGAAACCCAGUAUUGUAAGAUGACAACCGAAAAGCCUGUAAUUAAAAAGCUUAACGGAUGGACUUCCGGUAGAUAAAGCGUUAAGGAGAGCUGUAAUUCACGCGCGGGAGAAUGCAUAGACCGCGGUCAGUCGAGGGGACCUUCGAAGGCGUCUCUCGCGAAAGGAUCUGCUAAACGAGGAUCAGCACGGUGCUUUCUCUCCUCGAACGUUCAAAAUUUGUUCAAAAUCGUGUAAAAAAUUUGCUCAAGAGUUGAACGUUCAACGUUUGCUGUCGACAUUCCACUGUGUCUUGCCGUGAAUCGUGGCCAACAUGCUUCCCCCCCCGCACGAGACUCGUCUCCCAGCGUGCGACAGACUGCUCUCAGAUACUAAUCAUACCGCGUAACCCUGACCGAAAGGCAUCAGAUGUCCUCGAACACCGUGCUGAUCUUUUCGCGCGAUCUGUCUAAUGGGAAACGAUUGGUCCAACUCGAUCCCGCGACGCAACCGUGGAUCCAUCGACAUUUACUUGCAUAUUCAUAUUAAUAUCUCUUUGUACAUAUCCUAACGACUUUUAAAUAUUAUUACUUCAAACGUUCUCGAAGGAACACUUUAUAAAAAUCAUUAUAUUCAGCGUUCAUCGAUUAAGAUUCCUCGCGAAUUCGAAGCGUAGAAGGCAAAACAAAACGAGCAGAUCUGAAAAAAAAAGACCUCUUUUCGUGUUUUCUUUUCUCUGUUUGCAUUUUCUUUUUUCUUUUCUUUUUUUUAACCGUUAAGAGAUCACCCGUUUCGCGUUACUCCAUUCGAACUGGUUCUCCGAGCUCUUCCUUUUUGUACCUUCGGCUGAAGCGCAAGAACACGAUCCAUUCCAGGCAGCAUUUACCAUAUGCCUUUUGCGAAUUGGCGCGAACCAACCGUUCCUCUUCGAGGUUUCGUCGAACAGUAGAUAUCCGAGAACCAGUCGAACGCUUUCACUUAUUGGUCACGCCGAUCGCAUCGUGGAAAAUCUUGCUUCUGAACGUGGCGACCAAGCGUAAUAUUCCCACACCGUGUUCACAGCGAGCAAUAAUCUUUAAAAGCUCGAAACGGGAGCACGGCGAACCCUCGAAGAGGAACGGAAGCGUUCGCGCGCUGGCAAAACGGAGCGAGCUGAUUAGUUAGUCCUUGAAUCGCUGAAGCUCGAGCCCUUCUUCCCCUAAUUUUAUGGAACGAUCCACCUUGUAGAGCAGAGAUGGGUAAGAGUUUUAUUCGGACAACAGAUGACGAAUAAAAGUUGUUCGAAUGCUUUUGCUGGAGAGCUUACAAAGACGAAUUUAUGUUGCUUGUAAUGUUUGUUCGAUUGAACUUUUAUUCAUUCAGCAUGAAAUAUUCGAUUGUAAUUUUUAUUGCACGUGUAGUUCGUCUUUUAUUCGUUAUUCGAAGCGUUCGAAUAAGAACUUUGCCCAUCUCUGUCAGGUAGAGUUUGUGUAAUGUGAGCGUGAGAGAGAAUGUUUAUCUAAGAGAGAGAAAUGUGGACAAGCCUUCAACUUUCUUCUUCCACGAGUCCCCCUCCCCCUGACUUCUUUUAUUUUUAUUUAUCCUCCUCCCACUUUCUCUCCUGUUGUUUUAAUUAUUUAUAAAACUUCGAGACGGAACGACCGCAAGAACAGCGGUCCUGCGAGCAACACGAAAGCAGGAGACUUUUUGUAUUUAAUUUGUUUAAUAAAACUUGGAUCAUAGUACAACAUUCCGACUGGUUUGGUUUCGAGAACACUUUUCGUCCCGAGUUACAUAUACAUAUAUAUAUGUAUGUGCGUUCUCUUCGCCGUCGAAAACGCGUCGUUCGGUACCCCCUCCCCCCCAUCUCUGUUACAGUUUCGUCGCGACGAAACGAAUAAUGGGACAAAACAGUACAAACGAAAAUGAAUAAUUUAAAAGAAAAAUAAGAAGCGAGAAAGUUAGGCGAGCGAAGUUCUGCGCGAACACAUUUGUUAUGAACACUUACCUUAGUUUUGUACAUACGUAAUCGCGCGUGAAACGCGCGCUCUUCGUAUUUUCACUUGUUUUCUUCUUUCGACAUGUCUCCGAGUACGGUGUGUGUCGUUGACCAGAUAAUUUAAUGUCUUUUUUUUUGUUAAAGAGCACAGAGACGAAGCGAAGAAUUGAAUAGAUCUAGAAACUAGAAACGCCGAGCAAUGGCGGCCACUGUAAUUGCUUUGAUCGUUCGAAAGAAGUACUUCAAUGUUUUAUUUGGCUACUAAUUAGGAAGACAGAGCAGUUGGAUCAUAGUUUUUAUUUUUAAUGAUCUUUUUAUUUGUUGGGCAAUCUAUGUUCGUACAAGAUCCGAUACAAAUUACUUGUUUUUUUUUUUUUUUGUAAUAUAUUCACUUUUGUGGAAAGUUUAUUCGAACUGCAUUUUAUUAUUCAGUCACACGUAGCUAUUUAUUGUUCUGGUGUUUCUUUACAGUAUUAUUUUUACGUCAUCAGAAUACGAACUACAUCUACUUUCGUAAUCUUGAGAUAUUAAUUGUUGGUUUAGCAUGUUUUAUUUGGAAGAUUUGAUGCAGUCUUUUACGAAGUCUUGUCGGUUUGAAAUGUUAGAAACUGUGUUUUACGUGAUAUUUUAUUUAUGCGUCGUGUAAACGUAACGAAGAUCAUGAAGUUAAUUAAUUUUUAGUUGAGACAAGAUCGUUGCAUUAUGUGAACAGCGGACGUGGCCAAGUAAAGGGUUAAUAAAUAGUAUUUUUAUAAGAUUUCUCACGAUAUGGAUAUACUUUAGAAAUUUCGAUGGUCAAUGAGAGAUACCGUGCGUAAGAGAAGAACCCGUGGGAACGAAACUGGUGGUGAUACUACUGCUACUAUUUUGUACGAUACAAUGUUUUUGUAUAUCUGUCUACCGUAUGUAUAGGAACAAAGUCUACCAAUUAUAAUAGGUGGUUAAAAUUGUAUCGAACACGUAUUAAACAAUUUGUAGCGUGAUGGACACAAGCUCCAGUUGUAUUUACCAAAAGUCACACAUAGAUGUUGUUCCCAUUAAUGUACACCUGUAAAAUCCCUGUCGAACAAUAUAUAAGCUACUAAAGAAUUGGUAAA